AUGGCAAAUGUUUGGUUGGUUCGACAAUGGUUAGAAUUAGACCGUCCAACAAUGAAGCAAGUGGUUAAAAGGAAAGAGAUGGCUGGUGCAUUGAAAACAAAAGAUAAUCAAAAGAAAUGGUGUAAAAAGAGGAGCAAUGAUAGUGAUUUUUAA